CGACAUUCAACCUAGUCACAUAAACAUAGUCAAUUUUUUCAAAGUUUCGAUCUCGCGCAAAAUAUUUUAUUCAGGGAUUUGCUUUUUUAAAUCUGUGAAAGUGAAAACAUUUGCGCUUUUGCUAACAUCAUAAGUGAAUAUCUUUCUACUAUUUAACACAAGUAAAAUAAGCUAUUCGUUUACUGUGUAAUAUUGUGCAGCAUUUGUGACAUAAUAACCAAUUUGGAAAGUUAUUAAAUUGAUUAGUAACAUUUCUUGAAUUCAAAAAAAUAGUUUUCUAACAAAAUGGACUAUCCAGAUCCAGAUGCCGGUUAUGUGGAUGAAGAUGAAGAAGAGAUACCAAUGGCUGAGAGGGAAUUGGCUGAAGAUGCUGAAUGGAAGCUUAUUCAAAAAAACACUUUCACUAGAUGGGCAAAUGAACAUCUUAAACCUAAAAAUGUUACUGUAGAUGAUUUACAAUUUGAUUUAGCUGAUGGUCUUCGUUUGAUUGCAUUGGUUGAGUCAUUAUCUGGGCAACAAUUUAAACAUGUUAACAGAAAACCAAGUUUUCGUACUCAGAAAUUAGAAAAUGUUACAAUGGUUUUAAGAUUUCUUGAAGAGAAUGAAGGUCUUCGUCUAGUGAACAUAGAUAGUUCAGAUAUUGUUGACUGUCGUAGUAAGCUUAUACUUGGUUUAAUUUGGACUCUUAUUUUGCAUUAUUCAAUAACAAUCCCACUUUGGGAAGGUGAACCUGAUUUCGGAGCUCAAGGUCCAACACCAAAACAACGUCUCUUAUCAUGGUUAAAUAAUAAAUUAGCUGAUCGACCAGUUAAAAAUUUCACAACAGACUGGAAUGAUGGUAUUGCAAUCGGUGCACUAGUUGAUGCUUGUGCACCAGGUUUAUGCCCUGACUGGAGAGAAUGGGAACCUAAACAAAAUCUACGUAAUGCUCGUGAAGCAAUGGGUGCUGCUGAACAAUGGUUAGAUGUCCCACAAUUAAUACGUCCAGAAGAGAUGACCAAUCCUAGAGUUGAUGAAAAAGCUAUGAUGACAUAUUUAAGUCAAUUUCCUAGUGCUAAAUUAAAAGAUGGUGCACCUUUAAGGCCAAAAUCAAAUCCUGGCCUUGUUCGAGCUUAUGGUCCUGGUCUCGAACCACAUGGAAAUACUGUUGGUAAUCCUGCACGAUUUACUAUUGAUACAUUCAGUGCUGGUCGGGGUGCUGUUGAAGUGAUUGUGCUGAAUCCUAAAGGACAAAGAGAACCAUGUGAUGUACUCAGUACUAAUGAUAAACAACAAACUUAUUCUUGUGCUUAUGUUCCAACACAAGAAGGUGAAUACAGGGUUAUCAUUAAAUUUGCCACUAAAGAAAUUUUAAAUUCACCAUUUAAAGUUAUGGUAGAAGGUGCACAAGGUGAUGGAAGUAAAGCAACUGCAUCUGGUCCAGGAAUUGAACCAACUGGGAAUCAAGUUGGUCGACGUACAUUCUUCAAUAUAUUCACUGCCGCUGCUGGACCUGGAAAUGCAGACUGUGUAAUUCUAGAUCCUCAUGGCCGACGUGAUGCUAUUAAACCUUUGAUAACUCGUCAAGGUGAAGAUAAUUAUCUUGUAGAAUAUACACCAAAAGAUGAAGGACUUCAUUCAGUUAAUGUAUUUUAUGCUGGUCAACAAAUAUCAAAUUCACCAUUUGGUGUGAUGGUUGGUCCACGACCACCACCAGUAGUACAAUCUCCUGCACCAAUAGUUAACCAAGAAGCUCCAUUGCAAGCAACACAGUCACCUAGGAAAAUGUCUCAACCACAACGACCAGCCUGUGAUCCAAAACAAGCUUAUGCCACAGGUCGAGGAAUUCAACCUCAAGGUAUACGAGUCAAAGAUUUGGCUGAUUUUAAAGUACAUACAGAAGAUGCUGGUGAAGGUCCACUAGAAGUGUCUGUAAUUGCUCCAGAUGGGAGAGGAAUUCCUUGCACAAGUCGAAAAACUGGUGCCUAUUUGUUUGAUUGUAGUUACACACCUCAACGACCAGGUACACAUCAAGUCAAUGUUCGAUAUGGUGGAGAUCAUAUUAUGCUAAGUCCAUUUACGGUGGAAGUUGCUCCUUACAAAGAAUCACGUAUAAGAGCAUUUGGUCCAGGUCUCGUUGGUGGUGUUGUCAAUAAACCAGCUGUUUUUGUCGUGGAAACAAAUGGUGAAACUGGGGCUUUAGGUUUUUCAAUCGAAGGUCCAAGUGAAGCAAGAAUUGAUUGUACAGAUAAUGGAGAUGGAUCAGCUACUGUAGCUUAUUGGCCAACAGCUCCUGGUGAAUAUGCAGUUCAUAUUUUAUGUAAUGAUGAAAAUAUACCAAAAUCUCCUUUCAUGGUUCCAAUUGAACCAGAUAUGGGUAAAUGUGAUCCUGAAAGAGUUAAAGCACAUGGACCAGGUAUAAUGCCAACUGGGAACGUUGCUGGUCAACCAACUGAAUUUACAGUAGAUAUUAGAGAUUCUGGUGGUCCUGCCCCAUUAACAGUUGAAUGCAGAGACAAUGAAGGUGAACCAGUUGCAUUGAAAGUUCGUGAUAAUGGCGAUGGUACUUAUACAUGUAGCUAUACACCUAAAGUUCCUAAAAAACACACAGUCCUUGUUUCCUACGGUGGAGUCAAUAUACCUAGAAGUCCUUUCAGGGUUGAAGUAGCUGAACCUAGUAAUCCAGGAAAAGUACGAGUUUUCGGUCCAGGUGUAGAAAAUGUUACUAGAGGUCAACCAACCUAUUUCACAGUAGACUGUAAACAGGCUGGACAUGGUAAUGUCGGAAUUAGUGUCACCGAUGAAGCUGGACGUGAUGUUGCUAUGGAUACACAGGAUAUGAGAGAUGGAACAUUUAAAGUUGCUUAUACAGCUAAUACACCGGGGCCUUAUUAUACUGUACAAGUAUUUUUCAAUAAUCAAGAAGUUCCACGUAGUCCAUUUAAAGUACCUGUUAAACCAAAUAUCGAUAUGUCGAAAAUUCAUGUUGAAAAUCUUGAACCAACUAUUACUACUGGUGUACCAACUGAGUUUGAUGUGAUAACUGCGGGUGCAGGCCCACCAAAUAAUAGUAAACCGAAACCAACUGUAACAGUGAAAUCUCCGAACGGUAUGCGUGUACCAUGCACUUUAGCUGAAAGCGUUGAUGGAUAUACACCUUCCUUUACACCAACUGUUGUUGGGCCUCAUACUGUUGCUGUUGAAGUUGGAGGUGUACCAGUCAAAGGUAGUCCAUUUCGUACAAACGCCAUUCCACCAGCUGCAGUGCAAGAGCCUAUCUAUCCAAAAGAUUUCGGACGUCAGCAGGCUACUUCAGCACCUAUUUCUGGACCUGAAGCAGCAGCUUUGGUCCGUGCAUAUGGUGACGGACUUUAUCGUGCAAUAGCUGGAAAGCAGGCAAAAUUCACAAUCGAUAGUCAAGAUGCUCCACCUGCUCCACUAAGUGUUACAAUUGAAGGACCUGCAGAAGCUAAAAUAAAUUAUAACGAUAAUGGUGAUGGAACAUGUGGCGUAGAUUAUUUACCAACUGAACCAGGACCAUAUGUUGUAAAUGUUUUAUACAAAGAUACACAUAUUAAAGGGAGUCCUUUCCCUGUAAGAGUCGCUCCACCUGGAAGAGAACAUAUCGAUAUAUCCCGAGUUCAUGCCUACGGUCCUGGAUUACAACCAACUGGUGUUUUCAAAGAAUCAUUUGCUAAAUUCACAGUUGAUGCUAAAGCGGUUGAUCCACAAAGUAGAGGAAUAGUUAAAGCGAUUGUAGUUAGUCCGAAUAAACAAAGAACAGCAUGUUUAAUACAAAAUAAUGGUGAUGGAACAUAUAAAUGCAGUUAUUCACCAAUAGAUGAUGGCUUACAUCACGUUGAAGUUACAUAUGAUGGAGCACCGGUACCUGGUAGUCCCUUCCCAGUAAAUGUUGCUCCUGGAUGUGAUCCAACAAGAGUAAGAGCUUACGGUCCAGGUUUAGAAGGAGGCUUCACUCAUGAGCCUCAAAGAUUUACGGUCGACUUAGAUGGUGCGGGUCAAGGUGCCCUUGGGUUAGCUUUAGAAGGGCCAGCUGAUGCGCAAAUACAAUGUCAGGAUAAUAAAGAUGGAACAUGUACAGUGGACUACUUACCGACACGGGCAGGAACAUAUGAUAUCUUUGUUAAAUUUAAUGAUAUGAAUAUUCCAGGUAGUCCAUUUCAAGUUCCCAUACGAGAUGUGGUUGACCCAACUCGUGUUCGUUGUUAUGGUCCAGGUCUAGAGCCUAGAGGAGCACGAGCGCAACAACCAGCUCACUUUACUGUCGAUGCUUCACAGGCAGGAGAUGCGCCUAUCCAAGUUGCAACAGUUGAUCGUGUUGGAAGAACAACACCAGCACAUAUUGUUCCACGAUCAAAUCAACCAGGUGUCUACGAUGUGACAUAUGUUCCAGAUACCGAUGGUCCAUGUCAAAUUGAAGUUAAACAAGCAGGAAAUCAUGUAGCUCGAUCACCAUUCACUCAACAUGUUUUACCAGCUUUUGAACCACAACGUGUGCGUGUAACAGGUGAAGGUGUUCAUCCAACUCGUCCAUUAGGACUUCCAGCUACUCAACCGACUUCUUUCCAAGUAGACACAAGAGAUGCAGGUCUUGGAGAUCUAGAAUUAUCAGUUAUGGAUCCUGAUGGUCAACCAUUACAAUUAGAAGUAGUAGAUGUUGGAGAUGGAACAUAUAUAUGUCAUUAUAAACCAAUGAUUGUUGGACGUCAUACUGUACGAGUAAAAUAUGGUGGACAAGAAAUUCCUGAAAGUCCAUUCCUAGUACCAGUUGCACCAUCUGGACGAGCUAAUAUGUGUCGUAUAGAAAAUGGAAAUGAUAGCCGAAUACCUGUUGGUCAAGAAUGUGUUAUCAGUGUGAAUACAGCACAAGCUGGUGUUGGACAAUUAACUUGUCGUAUUGUUACACCGUCUGGAGCAACAGCCGAUGUUGAAAUUCAUGAAGCACCAAAUGGUCGAGUUAAUAUUUACUAUACACCACCAAUUCGUGGUGAUUAUUUAGUUGAAAUAAGAUUUGGCGGUGAACUUAUACCAAAUGGAAGAUUUAAUCAAAAAGCUGUCAACCCAGAGGAACUAAUGAACGAUGUAACUGAUCAAAGAGUACAGCAUGUAACUGUACAAUCUGUACAGUCUGUUCAGUCUUCAACAAUUACAACAGGAUAUCAUCCAGUUGAUUUUAAACUACCUGUUGGCCCAACAUUUAGUCAUGUGGAAGGUUUGGUUCGUACACCAAGUGGUCGAAUUUUACAUCCAACUUUACUGGAUAAUGGUGAUGGAACAGUGACAGCACAAUUUCAACCAAAUGAACCUGGGCUGCAUGAAUUAGAAAUAACUUAUAAUGGUCAACCAAUACCAGGUAGUCCUUUCAGAUUCUAUGUUGAAGCUGUUGGAUCUGGAAUUGUUACAGCUUAUGGACCAGGAUUAUCUUGUGGUCGUGCUGGAGAACCAGCAAAUUUCACUUUAAUUACACGCGAUGCUGGAGCAGGUGGAUUGUCACUUUCCGUUGAAGGACCAUCCAAAGCCGAUAUUCAAUGUGAUGAUAAUAAAAAUGGUACUUGUAGUGUAAGCUAUUUACCACUAGUACCUGGUGAAUAUACAAUAUCGAUUAAAUUCAUGGAGAAUCAUAUACCUGGUUCACCAUUCACAGCACAUAUAACCGGUGAAUCACGCAGAUUUAAUCAAGUUUGUGUCGGUACCACCAGUGAAAUGCCAUUGCGUAUUACAGAAACAGAUAUUUAUAAUCUUGUUGCAACCGUUCGUAGCCCAUCUGGACUUGAACAACCAUCAACAUUAAAAAGACUACCAAACGGACAUCUAGGUAUUUCAUUUACACCUCAUGAAAUUGGUGAACAUUUUGUUAAUGUAUUCCGUAAUGGUCGACAUAUUGCUAAUAGUCCAUUUAAAAUUUAUGUUGGUGAAAAUGAAAUUGGUAAUGCAUCGAAAGUUCGUAUUUAUGGAAAUGGAUUAAGAGAAGGUAUGGCAAAUCAAAAUUGUCAAUUCACUGUGGAUACAAGAAAUGCUGGCUACGGUGGCUUGAAUCUAUCAAUUGAAGGACCAAGUAAAGCAGAUAUUGAAUGCCAUGAUAAUCAAGAUGGUACAUGUUUGGUUACAUAUCGUCCAACUGAACCUGGAACAUAUAUAAUUAAUGUUAAAUACGCUGAACAACCAGUACCAGGCAGUCCUUUUGUAGUUCAUAUUGGUGGUGAACCAUCACUUAGAAUGAUGGAAAGAAUUACACGACAAAGAGAACUUGCUGAUGCAACAUAUGUAGGCAGUCAAUGUGAAUUAAAUUUAAAAAUUCCAGGAAUAAAUAUUCGUGAUUUGACAGCUAAUGUAACUAGUCCAUCAGGAGUAAGUCAACGAUGUGAUGUCUUAGCUAUGGAUGAUGUGAAUUACACCAUUAAAUUUGUACCACAAGAAAUGGGUGUACAUACUGUUUCAGUACGUCAUCGAGGAUCUCAUAUUUCUGGAAGUCCAUUUCAAUUUACUGUUGGUCCUAUUACAGAAGGUGGAGCUCAUAAAGUACAUGCUACCGGUCAAGGAUUGCAAAAUGGUUUAACUUAUUCAUUAAAUGAUUUUAGUAUUUAUACUCGUGAAGCUGGUGCAGGUGGUUUAUCAAUUGCUAUUGAAGGACCAAGUAAAGCUGAAAUCAAUUUCGAAGAUAGGAAAGAUGGUUCAUGUGGAGUUUCUUAUCGUGUAACUGAACCAGGUGAAUAUUUAUGCUCUAUUCGCUUCAAUGAUGAUCAUAUACCGAAUUCACCAUUUCGUGUUAUCAUAAAUGAAGCAAUGGAACGAACAUUCUAUACACCUGAAACUAAAUUAUUAAAUAUUACAAGUAUUCAAGAUCGUGGUCUGUCGAUUGGGCGUCCAACAGCAUUCACAGUUAAUUACUCGGGAAUGACAGGUAGAAUGAGAGCAUAUGUAGUAGCUCCAUCUGGAAUACAGUCAGAUGCACUUGUACACCAAGUGGAUGUUGAUCAGCACGCAGUACGAUUUACACCUCAUGAAAAUGGAGCACAUUUGGUGCAUGUACUAAUGGAUGAACGUCCAGUACCUGGAAGUCCAUUCCGUGUAUUAGUUGGACAAGAAGAAACUGGUCAUGUUACAGCCAGUGGGGAAGGUUUGACUCAUGGACGUGUUGGUGAACGCAAUCGAUUUUUCGUAAAUACUGUUCAAGCUGGAAGUGGUGCUUUAUCAGUUACUGUGGAUGGUCCUAGUAAAGUUCAACUAAAUUGUACUGAACGGUCAGAUGGAUACGAUUUCACUUAUUUGCCAUUAUCGCCUGGUGAAUAUCUUAUCAGUAUUAAAUAUGGUGAUUCACAACAUAUUAUAGGUUCACCAUAUAAAGCAAUUGUUACAGGAGAUGCUGUACACGAUACAAUCACAACUGAUACAACACAUGUUGUUGUAGAAACAGGAGGACGUUUAAUUAAUGGACCACAUUCUAAUCUUGGUCCAUCUAGACCAGAUCGUGUUACAUGCUCUGGACCAGGACUUAAACAAGCAUAUCUUAAUGAAACGAAUACAUUUACAGUUAAUGCAUCACAAGCAGGUCAUGAUGUACUAUAUGUUGGAGUAUCUGGACCAGUUGUAGCCUGUGAAGAAGUCAAUAUCAAACAUAUGGGUUAUGGUCAAUAUUCAAUUAGUUAUACUGUACGUGAUCGUGGUCGUCAUUUAAUUAUGAUUAAAUGGGGUGAACAACAUGUACCAGGAAGUCCAUUCACUGUUGAUGUUAUCUAAUUCAAUCAAAUGUUGUUGUGUUUUUUUUUAAAAAAAAGUCAACUGUAUUACAAUUUAUCCAACUACCAAUUUAGUAUCCUUCAUGACAACAUAACAAAUUUGAUGAUAAUUACACGCUUAUAAUUGUACUUUUAAAUGAAUAAUAAUAGAUAUUUCUUUGCAUGAAUGUAAUCAUUACAAUAAAGUAUUAUACACCAAUAUAUAUUUACAUAUAUAAGGGGGGGAAGGUGAAUGGUUCCAAAAAAACACACCAGUAAAACAUCUAAUUUACAAAUGCCUAUUACAAAACAAUUUGCAUUGCUUUAAUCCUUCAUAGUUUUAUUUUUCUUUUACCCUAGGCUUUUCCGAAAUUUCUUUUCGCAUGUUUUUCUUUUUUUUUCUUUUUUGACUUUAAGAGUGACUAAAAUAAACAUUCACCAUUGGAAAGUAUUCACUAUACAUACAGUAUUGUUCUUUGUUUCGUUAGUAUUUCGCUUUGCUAAACAAGAAAAUCAACUGUUUACUAUUAUUAUGAUGAUGAUUAUUUAUAUUGUUAAUAGUUGUUAACUGAACAGAUUUGCAUGUUACACAGAUAUUGCACACAUAAGUGUACUUCUGUAUUGACCGAUUAAUGCUUCUUUCAAUCGUUUGUUUGUUUGUUUUCUAUUCAAAGAAUUAAAGUAUAUUCACUAACAUUAUUUAUAAUACUGUAUUCUGAUUCUACUCCUUUUACGUCUAUAAGCAAUAUUAUUCCCAUUUAUUAUUAUUAUAUAAUAUAUGUCAUCAAGUUGUAACAAUGAUGUUUGAAUGGAGCAAACAACUAUCAACUAUACAUUGUGUUUUUCCCACCCUCAUCCCCCACCCCUGCACAAAUUGAACACCGUAAUGCCUUAUUACCCUAAUAAUUAUUAUGGCUUCGUGUUUCUUAGUAAAUUAUUAUUUAAAUUACCUAAUUUGACUAAAACUUACCUUUGAAUUUAAAUUAGUUAAUAAUUUUUUCUUUGUUUGCUUUUGUUGUUGUUGUUGUUCUUUUAUUGAUCUUGUGAAUUGGAUGAUAAUCAACGAUAACGGUAAAAAAAAGUACAAUUUAAUUCUUUAUAAUUAUGAAUUUGAAGUAAAAUAUCUGUCUAAUGUCUGAAUAUAAUUUUAAUUACCUU